GUCUAUUUCAUACUGUUGAAGAACAAAUCUGAUAGAAGAGUAAAUGUCAUUGGGGAGCAAAUGUCCGUGGGAAGCAAAUGUCGCGAAAGCAAAUGUCUCGGGAGCAUCUUUCGUAAUACCUAUAAAAAUAUUAGUCAAAUCGGGUGUGACUUAAGCGCAAUACACCAGAAGAAUAUCUCUUCUGAAUUCAGAUAAUAGAAAGCAACGUCUAUUAGAUUAAAUACCUGUAGUCAUGCAUCCAUUUGCUGGUGCAGCGAUGUGAGUCAGUAAAUAGAUAUUGAUUGCCAAUGCUGCCAACGCAGCAAGAGUGGUAAGGGUCCCAAGAGCCAUAAGGCAUAUCUGCAGACAUGGACAUGUCGACGUUAAAUAUGCCCCACCCACCAUGUAAGAAGAAGUGUUGGUGCUUCGAUUCACUUUCUGUAUCGGGUCAAUGGGUAGCGUUUGCUGGUUUGGUUCAUGUUGUAAAACCAGUAUUCCUGGUGACAAUCUUGGAAGAUCAAAAGUUUGGGUUGACGUUGUCCACAUUUUUACAGGUGUUAAUGGUGGUGAUAACGAAGGAACCGGACUAUCCACAUAUUGUCGUUUCUUAGGAGUUGGUCUUACCUAA